AUGGCGACGGCCGGGAGGGUGAAGUGCGCGCUGUGCCAUGCGGCGGAGGGCGUGGAUGACGGGCGGCGGGGUCCGUUCCUGGGGCCUGUGGUGGACGGGCGGGGCGGCAGGGCCUGCUACGUGCACCGCGCGUGUGCGCUGUGGAGUGCCGAGGUGUACCAGACGGAGCGGGACACCUUCAAAAAACUGCUGCAGGCAGUGAAGAGAGGAAGAUACAUGAAGUGCACGUACUGCAACAGAAUAGGCGCAACCAUUGGCUGCCACGUCGAGCGGUGCAUGUGCUCCUACCACCUUGACUGUGCUCGUCUUGCUGGCUGCACCUUCUCUAUUUCCAGUUACUCCAUCGGUUGCCCCAAACACCCCCAGAAAGAGCAGCCCGUCAAGCUUGCAAGUGGGCCGGCAGCAGGCCUUGUGCGGGUAGCCACAGAUCCGUUGGCGCCCUGGAGGGUGACCAUCAAACCAUCGUUGGAUUGGAGGCCCAGCCAGGCAACGCCCCUGGGGAUGGAGGGAGGCAGGGUGGGAGGCACUGAAGACAGGAUCGAGUUGUCCAGAGGCCCACACGGUGCAGAUCAUGAGCGGCAGCCGGCUAUGGAAUAUGGCCUCGAUGACCGAUUUCGGGAGGAGACGCUGCAGAGGUUCAAGCCCAUGGUCGUUGGGGCUCAGUCAGGCAUGCAGGACGACCCACAGACCCAGGCACUGCUGCACCAAGUUCAGGGCGGUUUUGAGUGUGUGGGUGGCCUCGAAGACGUUGUGCAGUCUCUCAAAGAAAUGGUGAUUCUGCCACUGUUGUACCCAGACGUCUUCAAGGAAGCCAAGCCUCCAAGGGGAAUAUUGCUUCAUGGCCCACCAGGAACUGGCAAGACCCAUGUUGUGCGCUGCCUGAUUGGCGAGUGUGCAAAGUGCUGUGCACAGCCUGUUGCAUUCUUCUCCCAUAGGGCUUCGGAAUGCCUUAGUGAGAAUGUUGGAGAGACGGAGGAAGCACUGAGGACUGUCUUUGAGGAGGCUUGCAGGCUUUCUCCCUCAAUAGUGUUUCUUGAUGAGCUGGACGCGCUGGUGCCUGCAAGGAGUGAGGGCGCAAGUGAGUGGGAUGUCAACUCGGGCUCUGUGGUGGCCACAGUGCUUGCACUAAUGGAUGGCCUUGAUGACAGGGGGGCAGUUACAGUCAUCGGCGCAACCAAUCGGAAGGGUGCAUUGGAUCCUGCAUUGCUGCGAUCUGGUCGGUUUGAUAGGGAAGUCCUGUUUAAACUUCCUGACGCCAGGAGCCGGGCUGCUGUGUUGCGGGUGCACACCAGAGGAUGGAGGCAUCCACCCAACGAGGAGACUAUUGCCGAUCUUGUACGCAAGACUCAGGGAAUGGGAGGUGCAGAUCUGCGGCACCUGUGUACAUUGGCCGUCAUGAACGCUGUCCGUUCAGAGUUCCCCGGUGUCCUUGAUGCGGCCUGGGGCGACGAUUCCCACCAGGACAAUGCCUUCAGGCUCAAGAAACAGUGUGUGCUCAGCUGUCUGCGGGUCUCCCCCGGGACUUGGAGCCAGGCGUUGCACGAGUGCAAGCGUGGAAAACAGGAGCUGCUGUCACGGGCCCACGCACCCCGCCCGAUGCCCUACCGGCUCAUGGCGGCUCUGCUGCCGGCUGUUGCGAGGGUGCUGUGCAAUCUCACAGAUCGCUGCACUGCUGUGCCUCUGACGCUGAAGGAGUGCGCUGAACUGGGGAGCUUGUACUUGAGGGGCCCUGUGGCGCGGAGAAAGAGUGUGGAGGAGGAGCUGUGCCGGAAACUGCAGGAAGUUGGAGCUGUCACACUGACUGAUGGCACCAUCAGGCCCACAGGUCAAAGGGAGGCUGGUAGCAGGUUCUGCAGUUCAUCAGUUGAAGUCUUCACAAAGUGUCGAAUGUUGAUUUGUGGUGAGGGAGUGGUGGGUCAAGAGGAAGUGGCUGGCUGCGCCCUGCGUUUGCUGUCCCAUGGUGCUGCAGCUCCAACGGUGGUCACUGUACCAUGCCUGGUGGAGAGUGGGGGCCCUGACCUGCUGCACGGCUUCCGCGUGCUGCUUGACGAUGCCUUGCAGUCAACACCACAGGGCCAUCCUUGCUGCCUGUACAUCCCAAGGAUUGAGACAUUGGGAGUUACUGAUAGUGGAUAUCUCCCUCAGUGCUGUGGACUGGAGAGCGAUGCCUCAGAGUGCACCACACCGUUGCGCUCUUUUCCUGACUGCAGGACAUCUACGAGUACCAGUGCAAUGUUCUGCCCAACUUCCGCCUUCUGCCCAGAAUCCAGUUGUCAGUCGCUGUGCACCAGCAGCACAGCUGCCGAUGGGGUUGAACAGACAGUGUCUGGCAAGGCUGCCAGAGCCAACUUGAAUGAGUCAGACUUGCUGACUGUGUUCCAGGAGCUUGUAGAGCAGGUUCCUCCCUCCCAGCCACUUAUCGUUCUUGCAACAAUGCACUGCGCAGCAUGCGAUGUGCCACCCUCGAUGGCAUCAUUCUUUUCUCCAGAGUGCAUGGGCACCAGGCGCCCGUUUCAGCAUUCGGUGCCAACGAUCGUGGAAAUUGGUCAGAGCGACUACUGCAGGGCCAUGGACAUGGAAGCGCGCAUGCAAGCCGAAGUGCAUCAGCGACUUUGUCUUGAUGGGCUGGUGGACGUCAACAGGAAGGGCAACAUCGAUGCAGAAGCAGAGAAGGAUCUUGUGCUCCAGGACAACAGCAAUAAGGUCCAUCAGUACCACCUUCGCUCGUGGAAGUCUUCCAAACAUCGGCACCAGCCUUCCCGACGGCGUGAGCAUCACCCGUGUGGAGGGCUUGCAGAUGCAGAGAGACAACGUGCUCUGGAGCAGGUGGCGGAGGCAGUCCGCUCAUGUGGGAGGGCACUCCUGGAUGACCCCCGUUCCAGGCUUGUGCAUUUCCAGCCCGAUGCCAGGCCGCAGCUGAGGCACAGGAGGACUGGAGGUGGAGAGCGGGACCCCCUCUUGACCCGCCAGCCGUCGCGCCGGCGGUCCAGCUCAACGGGCCAGUGGCUGAGCCUGCAUCAGGUGGCAAGGGACGCAGCUGACGGCAGGUUUUCGACACCCGAGGAAUUGUGCCAGGCGGUCAGCCGUGUGGUUAGGCCCCUGAGGCGGGUGCGGCAUCCGCUGCAGAGACGGUGGCAACGGUGGCUGGGGAUGGCCAUCGCAGAUGAGAUCAGCGAGUGGGCAAUCGAGGCGUCUCGCGCGGCAGGUUUGUGA